UAAGAUCCGCGCCUUCGGUGCAGCCCAAGCUUUUUUGAGGGAAAAUGUAUCGUCUCGGCUCACAGUCUUUCUCCAGGAUCGCUUUCAACUCCUUUUUGUCCACAGUGCCACGGGAAGAUUUACAUUUUAUUAGACAAUACAAUAAAAACUGGUCUUGUAUUGGCUGAUUUUUGCACAUUUUGUAAUUAACUGCACGAAAAUGCCGAGGUCAAAGAAGAGGAGUACCCGGGGGGGCCAGCAUGGUGCUGUGCAGUCGUCCAGUGAUGAGGAUGCCUCCAUUGAGACCCUCAGCCACUGCAGCACCUGCAGCGACGUCAUGAGCGGAGGGGAUGAAGGGGGGGAGGCAGGGGACGACAGUGAGGAUUUCCAGUACAAGCUGAAGGGUUUCAUCGACAGCACAGUGGACAAGAGUGCCAAGACCAGACAAGGAGCCUUGGAUGGGCUGAAGACCGCCAUGGCAACCAGGCUCCUGUACGAGUUCAUUCUGGAGCGCAGGAUGACAGUCACAGACAGCAUCGAACGCUGCCUCAAGAAAGGUAAAGGGGAGGAGCAGCGAGCAGCAGCCUCCUUGGCCUGCCUGCUCUGCAUCCAGCUGGGCUCUGGCAUCGAGAGUGAGGAAGUGUUGAAGAGCCUCAAGCCCAUCUUCAAGAACAUUCUGUCGGACGGAGCAGCCAACAUCCAGGCCAGACAAGCUGUUGCUACAAGUUUGGGCCUAUGCACUCUAGUUGCAGAAGAUGAUAUCCUGGACGUGUAUGCCACCAUGCAGGGCUUUGAGAGCCUGUUCACCCGCUCUUACGUGAGGGAGGACGGCAGCAGGCCGGCCCUGAACCCCCAGACCUCCCUCCUCCACACCAACGCCCUGCUCUCCUGGGGCCUGCUCCUCACCAUCUGCUCCGCCAGCCAGGUCAAAGACAUCAUACACAAUUGGGAGGGAGUGGUUUUUGACAGUGUUUGGUUGGUCAGACACCUGCCCAAACUGCCCCGGCUGCUAGAGAGCGAGGAUGUCAACAUGAGGAUUGCUGCGGGGGAGACCAUCGCCCUGCUGUUUGAGCUGGCCAGAGACAUGGACCCUGAGUUUGAGAGUGACCAGUGGGAGCCUCUGUGUGUGAAGCUGGGCGCCCUGGCAACGGACUGCAACAAGCACCGUGCUAAGACUGACAAGAGGAAGCAGAGGUCUGUGUUCCGGGACGUUCUCAAGGCUGUGGAGGAAGGAACGUUCCAGACUGAGACCAUCCGGUUCGGGACGGAGCGCAUGACCAUCGACAGCUGGGUCAGGAAGAGAACCUAUGACGCCUUCAGGGAGUUUGUUGGCUCAGGCAUGAACUACCACCUCCAGGCUAAUGAGUUCAUCCGGGAUGUGUUUGAGCUGGGGCCUCCUAUGCUUGUGGACCAGGCCACUCUGAAGGCCAUGAAGAUCUCCCGCUUUGAGAGGCAUCUCUACAACGCCGCUGCGUUCAAGGCCCGCACCAAGGCCAGGAGCAAGUUCAGGGAUAAGAGGUCCGAUGUUGGAGAGUUCUAGAGUUCCAUAAAAAUUCCCACUUGUUGUCCGUUCCCUUGGUAAUAAACAUUUAGUUUUUGAAUUGUAUGGACCCACUUGGCUUUUUAAAAACUAUUGUUACUAACUAUUGUAAAUAUUGGUGAUCAUGUUUUUGCUUCCUAAAUACAUAAUUUAUCCCCUCAACGUUAUAAUAUUGUUUCAAUGUUGUGACAGUGAUAGUCAACUUGACUGUCAACAUUGUUGUGAUGGUAUAGUAGUUAGCUAUUGUGUAACGUAACUGUUGUGACAGUUUGACGCUAAUAAAUGAUGCUGAUAUAUAAGUUGCACUAUUACUAGUUGACCAUUCGAGGCUCUCCUCGGACCUUGUUUUGUCUGUCAUUUUGUUACAGUAAGAAACUUGAUGAGAAAAUCAAAUAAAUAUGAACUCUUCUGAACUA